UUUAUCUGUGUAUGAAUAGAGAGCGUGAUCGGAGCGAGUGAAGGGACACUCGGCUGCACUGACUGCUCUGCUCUGCUCUGCCCUUUGCUCACAACAGAUCAUUAUCUGAGCCCAGAGACCAACAGGCCAUGUAUAGACUCAGUCAGGGAGACUUGGUGUCCAGAUAGGAACUGAGCUGCCUUUAGUUUAUGUCAGUGUCACAAUCUGUGCUAAAAACAGAGCGUUAGGACUGCAUUUCUCUGAAAAUCUUUUGUUUCUCCGAUCUGGGGUUUUGUUUUAUCUCCUAAGGAAACCAUGGGGUGCUCCUCGUCAUCUUCACAGUCUGUUGAUCAAGAGAAAAGACCAGGAGUGAAACCAGAGGGGACCAACGGAGAGGUACCAGUGCACAAAAAUGGUUUCAUCAAAGAAGAUGCUAAAUUAAUUGAGGACCAGAUGCAGCUGCCAGUGCAGAGUGCUUUACCAGAUGAUCUACAGCCAGGCACCAAUGAGGAGGCUGAGGCAAUACUACGAUCCCUGGAGGCCCAAGAGGGUCUUGGUUCUGGAGAGGAUCUCCUCCUGGCCACAACGGGAUUAGAGGUAGAAAAGGAAGCUGUUGAAGAGCUAGCCACUGAGGCUUUAGAGGCAGCUCCAUCAGAGAUUCCAGAAACUUCAGCAUCAGCUUCAUCAGCAACCCCAGAAGUUCAAGCAGAAGUUCCAGGAGAGGUUCCAGCAGAGGUUCCAGCAGAGGUUUCAGCAGAAGUUCCAGGAGAGGUUCCAGCAGAGGUUCCAGCAGAGGUUUCAGCAGAAGUUCCAGCAGAGGUUCCAGCAGAGGUUUCAGCAGAAGUUCCAGCAGAAGUUGCAGCAGAUACUCUAGAGGUUCUGGAUAUAACUCCUGAAGAGACUCUAGAGGUUUCAUCUGAAACUCCUUCAAGGCCUAUAACAGAAACUGUAGAAGCAGUAGUAGAAGCUAUAGAAGAAGCCCCCAUGGUUGAAUGUGCUGCAGAUGUUGUGGACGUCCCUGUGGUGCCAGCUGAGGUCCCUCCUGAAGACAACACUUCUGUUGUAGUGGAGGCACCAGUGGUUGUAGAAGAGGCAGCGACAGCAACUGUAGAGCCUGUCAUGACUGUGUUGGAUACUGAGAUUGCUGCAGCAACUGUUCCUGAUAUGCCUCUGAUAUGUCCUGUCUACGUGCAAGCUGAGAUGCCUGUUCCUGAAAAGACCUCAGAACCUCCUGCAGCCUCGACUGAAGUUGCUCUAACAGCAGAUGCAGCCUCUUCCACAGAAGUCAUUCCAGCUGCGACUCCACAAGCUCCAGCAUCAGAAGUAGCCACUGAAAUAUCUCCAGCAUCUUUGACCGCUGAAUCUGACGAUGGUGCAGUCCCAGUUCAGGAGCCUGAGGUUGAAAACAGUCCAGCAGAUUCUGAGGCCAUGUCAGCACCAGCUGCUGAAUCAUCAACUGAAGAAGCUUCCCAGGAUGCAGAGAGCUAGAAAAACAGACGGCAACUGGGUUUGUGAAGUACACAGAUCACAGAUGUUCAGCUCUUCUCCAGCUACAGAUGCAGCGUGCACCAGGAAAAGGCAGGACAACGUGACACUACAUUCACAGUAUUCUCCCAUUAGUUCUUGCUGAUGGGAAUGGUUGACAAUUAAAUAUGCACGGCUUCUCAAUUAUUUAAUGUUUACUUUAAGAUUUUUUAGUCUAUUUUCUGUUAAUCUGUUAAUAAUAUGAAACUGUUAUGACUUUUCUUACUGAUACAUAAAGUGCCUGAAGGCAAUUUCAGUGCCAAAAACAACAUUUUGCACAGGUAAAAAUGGGAUGAGACUGAUAUAAUAAUACAAGGUGACAUUGUAAACUUGGCAGUGUGUUGAUGUGUGGAGAUUAAUUCUUACAAUAUAGGAUUUUUAAAAAUGUAUGUAUCUUUUUAGGGGAAAACAAGCCUGACAGAACUGUGAAAGGUAAUAUGCAAAAGAAUGAGGUGAAAACCAAAGUGUCAUUUUAACAGAAUUAUUAUUAUUUUCUUGUUACAUUUUUCAUCUUUAAUUUACACUUUAAUCUGGUGUUUACUCAUUACUUCUACGGCUUGUAUAUAAAUAAUAGUAGGUAAUAGGUCCUGAGAGUAAACUCCUGCUAAUGAAACAAAGUCCUUGAGAGUGAGAUUAUUUCUGACAUUUCUUAAACAUUUUUUUGUUUUAAAGUUGUGGGUAAGUUAGUUGAAGGGGUUUAAAGUUGAUACUGAAACAAACUGGAAAUAAUGAUGUAGUGAAUCAUCACUCAGAUUCAUUGAAGUUGUUUGAUCUCAUUUCACGUGGACAGCCAGUGGUAUAAUAAUCUCUUUAUUUAAUUGGCUGUGAGUGGAACCAAAGUCCCUUGCUCUAUUACAACUAAUGAGUUUAAUUGUACCAGGUGUGAAGAAAUGAUGGCUAUUUUUAAUGACCACAUUGACUGUUUGUCUUAGAAUAAAGAUUCACUUGGUAAUAAAUAUGUGGUUUCUUUCAA